CUUAGAUACCCCUUACAGCCAAACUGAAAUCUGGUUUUAUCAUAUGUAUGUAUAGCAAUAUGAAGCUACAUUACGUUACGUUCUGCGUAGUCUAUGCUUACUUGGGAACGGUUAAGUUCACAGACGGGCGAUCCCUCCAAGACGCAGGAUCGUGUGAAUCAGAACAAGGCAAAUGUACACGAGAUAUUUAUGAGAAUGUUCGUUUACGUGCAUUGAAAAGUUCUGGAUGUACAAAGUUUUGCCAAUGUGAGCAUGCAUCAACUGAGACGGAUGGCUCUGUGACGUAUAAGUGGGCGGAGCAUUCAUGCGCACCUGGACUUUUGUUCGAUGAGGAAAUUAAAGUUUGCAACUGGCCCCAACAAGUUCAGUGUCAAGCAAAUGUUCCAGAAGACUGUGAAACGGAACUUGGUCAGUGUACUAAGUUUAUUUAUGACGUUACUCGUUUACGUGCCUUAAAAAAUUCUGGAUGUACAAAGUUUUGCCAGUGUGAACAUGCAUCCACUGAGACGGACGGCUCUGUGACGUAUAAGUGGGCCCAACAUUCGUGUGCACCUGGUCUUUUGUUCGAUGAGGAGAUUAAAGUUUGUAAUUGGCCGAACAAUGUUCAGUGCAAUGCAAAUGAUGUUGACGACUGCGAAAAGGAACAUGGCGAAUGUACAGCAUUUGUUUAUGAAAAUGUCCGAUUACGUCCGUUAAAAAGUUCCGGGUGUACAAAAUUUUGCCAGUGUGAGCAUGCAUCCACUGAAGCGGAUGGUUCUGUGACGUAUAAAUGGGCGGAGCAUACGUGUCCACCUGGACUUUUGUUUGAUGUUAAAACAUCAGUUUGCAACUGGCCACAAAAUGUUCAGUGUGACGGAAAUGGCGAUAAUGGUGGUACCGAUAAUGGUGGUACCGACAAUGGUGGUACCGAUAAUGGUGGAACCGAUAAUGGUGGUACAGAUAAUGGUGGAACCGAUAAUGGUGGAACCGAUAAUGGUGGAACUGAUAAUGGUGGUACCGAUAAUGGUGGAACCGAUAAUGGUGGUACAGAUAAUGGCGGAACCGAUAAUGGUGGAACCGAUAAUGGUGGAACUGAUAAUGGUGGUACCGAUAAUGGUGGAACCGAUAAUGGUGGUACAGAUAAUGGUGGAACCGAUAAUGGUGGUUCUGAUAAUGGCGGAACCGAUAAUGGUGGAACCGAUAAUGGUGGUACUGAUAAUGGCGGAUCUAAUGGUGACAAUGGCAACAAUGGCGAUGGCGGAAACGGCGGCAAUAAUGGUGAUACUGAUUUUGAAUGUUUCAAAUGCUAUAAAAGCGACUCCAAUGAAGAGUGUAACAAAAACAAGGAAGUUUGUGAAUCGGAUAAAGAGACAUGUCAAACACGUAUAGAAUGGAAAGGUGACACAUAUGAAGUAUCAAAAGGCUGUGUAAAUAGCGAUAGUAGCAGCUCAGAGGAUGACUCAGGAACAAGCUCAAAAGAAACUUCGUCAAAAAAUUCAAGCGAUGAAUCGUCUGACGAUUCAAAAGAGAAAUCAUCGAAGAGUUCUACGGAGGAGUCAUCGAAGGGUUCAAAUGAGAAGUCGUCAAAGAGUUCAAAGGAGGGUUCAUCAAAGAGUUCAAAGGAAAAGUCAUCGAAGAGUUCGAAGGAAAAGUCAUCCAAAAGUUCAAAGGAAAACUCAUCAAAGAGUUCAAAGGAGGGGUCAUCGAAGAGUUCAAAGGAUGGGUCAUCGAAGAGUUCAAAGGAGGGGUCAUCGAAGAGUUCAAAAGAGGGGUCAUCGAAGAGUUCAAAGGAAAAGUCAUCGAAGAGUUCGAAGGAAAAGUCAUCCAAGAGUUCAAAAGAAAACUCAUCAAAGAGUUCAAAGGAGAAAUCCACAAAGAGUUCAAAAGAAAAAUCAACGAAGAGCUCAAAAGAGAAAUCAUCGAAAAGUUCAAAGGAGAGGUCAAGACGUAGCAACAGUGACUUCUCAGGAUGCAAGAAGAAUGGGAAGAAGAUCACGUGUAAAUAUGAAUGCACAAGUAGUUUGUGCAAUGAAUUCCUCCCACCAUUGUACAUUGAGUAACCAGAAAAAGCACAUAUAAGUCUGUCAAAAUACAAUGUUAUUUUAAGAAAUCAAGCUGCAAUGUAGUUUUAAAGUUAUGAAUAUUUGUCUUCUUGUUUUUUUAUCUUUUCUUUGGAAUAUUGUAUCUCCUUACUUUUAUACUAAAACUGUUGAUUUAAUCUCAUUUACUUCAAAUAACUUGUAUUACACAUAAUCAGCUAUGAGAAAAGUGAACUUAAGUACAAUUCAAAAAUAAAUUAUCUUUAGGAAAUCUGUAAAAAUUCAUAAAGAUUAAGAAAUAUUUGUACGUAUAUACUUUAUUUUAGUAAGAUUAUACAUACAGUCAUAAAAGACCUUAUACUUUUCCUGAUAUUCGUUUUCAAUGACAUGAUAAUUUAAAUUGUGAUGAAAGCUUGAUAGUGGUUAUUUCAGUCCAACAAAAGGACGUAUUGUAUUCAGGGUGACGAAUCAAAGAGACUUCACAUAUACAGUUUAGUAAUAUCCAAGGAAAUUAUUCUGUAUGCAGAGAAUGCUUUUUUUAUUUGACGAAAAUCCAUCUUUAAUUAAAACAUGUUUUCGUAAAAUACAAUCAUAAAUCGGAGCUUAUUUUAGAAUUAAUUUUCCGCAGUGUAUUUUAUCAAAGUGCGUAAAAGUACCACCUUGAUAUAUGCUGUAAACUUUUACUGUUUAAUGUUAUAUUAAGAUGCGCUUCAGUUAAAAGAAAAGAAUACAGUCAAAGAGCCACAUUUCGUUUAUUUCGAUUUCGAACUAAAGUGUCCGAACCUUUGAUUCAACGACACAUUUUCUAUCAUCCUAAAUGUUGAUGAAAACAUUAGACAAGAAAUUUUAAUAAUUUUUGUUCAUUUUAAAUUAAAACAGUGUGCUAUUCAAUCAAGCAAUCAAUCUCCAUUAAAUAAUCGGCAUAAAUAUGCCUUGGCCAUUUACAAAAAUAAAGUAUAUUUUAAAGAACAUGAUCAAAACAAAAUAAAGUACAUAUGAUCGUAAUUUAACAAGAUAAAGUUUCUUAAUAGCCGGUAAUUGUAGAGCAAAAUGAACAAUUGUGUAGAAAUGACAUGAUACUGUAUAAAUUUCUUUUUUUUUUAAUGUUAUGAUUAUUAAAAUAAAAAUGUAUGUGUAUUUUAUAAACAAAUGUCUU